AUGUAUAAUGGUAUUGGACUUCAAACAGCACGUGGUACCGGUACAAAUGGAUACGUUCAAGCAAAUCUUUCCAAUUUGCUCUUAUCACGGAGACGAGUAGAAUACAAUAGUGAGGCUGAUUUGCGUCGAGCAGAAGCAGAAAUUAAUCGUGCUCCAAAUGAAGACAUUCUCCAACAUCAGAGGAAAAGAGUGAUAGAGAUGAAAUGUGUUGAGUUCGAAAUGUUGAUGGAAGAAAAGGGGUUUGAUGACGAUGAAAUCUUGAAGAAGGUAUCUGAUUAUCGCAAUCUCUUGCUGAGUCAACUUGAGUCUGGAGAGCUCAAUUUGGAUUCUGAACUCGAUUCACGAGAUUCACACGCUCGUGCAAAAGCAGCUGUACAGAAUCGGGAUCGAAUGAAAAAUGCGCUUGGCCUGGACAAGGACUUUGUUCCUGGCACGUCGAUGAAAACAAUGAAGAAGUCGGACGUAGUAGGAGCUGCACUUGCUGCACCAGUACAGAAAGCGGAAGAAAGCCUCCUCAACACCCUAAAAAAUGAGAUAAAGGAGAAGUCUGGAAAGGACAAGAAACGGAAGAAACGCCGCCAAGAAAGCACUUCAUCUUCAAGUUCCGAUAGUGACUCAUCAGAUUCAUCCGACGACUCUUCUGAAGAUACAUCGUCUGACGACUCUGACAGUUCCAGCAGUGACGAAAGCGUAAAGCACAAAAAGACCAAAAAUCGCAAAAUGGAUAAGAAGGAACGCCAUGAUCGUCAUGAUAAGAAGGAUCGCAGAGAUGAGGACGAUCGUACUACUAGAAGAAGAAAAGACGACGGCAAACGUGAGGAGAGAGUAGAAAAAAGACGCAGGAGCCGUACUCCCGAUGACAAUAGAAGAAAGAAGGCUCGUGGUAGCCAUGAUGAAGAAAGAAGAAGGAAGAGAAGAAGUUCAAGCUCAAAUCGCCGCGAAGAAAGUUCGAGGAAGCGUGACAGAAGCCACGAACGGUCUCCACAACGUAAAGUGAAGGAGGAACCACCAUCUCCUCCUAAUGAAGAAGAAUCUCAUCACAAGGAACAAACAAGACAAUCUGAAUCUCGUGGUAAUAAGGAAUCGAGGAGGGAUUCGUACUCAGAUGAAUGUUCGGAUUCGGAUUCAAAUGAUUCCUUGAAGUACAAGAUAAGAAGCACUCAUAUAAUGGCAUUUUCGGACGAGCAAGAACUAAUCGAUCAGAUUCGUCAUGAUUUGCGUAUGGAGGACGAUUCAGGGAUGUGCACAAGAGUCGUGCUUCCUGAGCGCCGAAGAGCUAAAUAUGGAGGUCUUCCGUUAAAUUUCCGAUCAGCCACUAGCUCGGAUGACGAAGAUGAACCAUCUAACAGUGGAUAUUGCGAUUUUGAGAUACCGCUUGUUGAAGAGUCCGCACUCACAAGUGAGAUCAUAGAUGGACGAUUGAGAUCACGGACAAUUGAGAGCGCUGACGUUUGUGGACAACAAAUUGUCAAUGAGGAUAAAAGUUCGGGAGAAUUAUUUGUCGCACACGACGUAGCAGAUGUCAAAAACAUUCGCGGAAAGCAAUCGGCAAUCGGCGAACAACCGUCCAAGUCUAUACUUGUUCUCUAUACUGACGCAAAGGACUCAGACGGGAACGUACCUAGUAUAAAGAUUUCUGUCCAACCCACUGCGAAAGUCGGACAAGUGAUCGGCUACUGCCUUUACCGUUUCUUCACAAAUUUUGGAGUCGCAUUAGGUGAUAGCGUCGAGGACUUCCAACUACUAAUGGCUGACGAUGGCGGUGAAGUAGAACUUGAUCUUCCUCCUCUGGACAAAGGUAGAGCCAUAGGAGAUCUCGGCUUUACUGUGCUUGCGAUGGUUUCCAGGAAAACUAAGAGGGACGAGGAAUCGAACUCGAUGCAUAGAGUGGUGGUAUAUCUCCCCACAGGACAGCAAUUCGUAUUUGAACUCGAACACCUUGACCACAGCCUCGAGUGGCUACGAGAUGAAACUUUGAAUAGAAAGAAUAUGGAGAUGGAAGGCACUAUCGAGCCGCUUGGUUUAAUGCCAGAAAUGGAAUAUGAUUUGGAGGAUAUAAACGUGUUUGGCAAGCCGUUGAACCUCCAACAAUCGAUCGCCAACACUGGAUGCUCUGAAUUCAUCCUCAUCAGGAAAUACAGUUCUCGUGGUGAUUUUCACCCUCGUGGAAUGUCCCGACAAAGGAGCACAGCGUUGUUAUCGCCCCUCUCAAGAUCAUCUAACAACGCGGCAUUCGACUUCACUACCGCAGGAGUGAGUUUCAACGAAACUCCGUGCAUACCAUCAGGAGGAACCUCUCCAGUCUUCUUUGUUGAGGACGAUGAGGUGAUCAUGUCGUUCCGAGUGACUCGCCUUCAUAAAGUGAAGAAAAACUGGCCAGCAAAGAUGUGCUCCAGUCUUCCGAGCAUCAGAUUUCUAAAUCAUCUUCCACCCAUCCUAAACUUCAAAUCGGCAUUCAAAAUAUUCAUGAUGGCGAUUCGAUUUGAUCGAUUCGAUAUCGUUCCUGUAACAAACAAUCGAAAAUCCUUCCUACCGAACACUUAUCAAAAACCUAUCUCCGUACCGUGGAACUACCUCUGCGAUGUGAAGACGGUCGAACGGGAUUCUGAAUCCAGUUCGGUCUUGUCAUUCACAUGGCUGCCUCGCGAAGAUGUUGCAGCAUUUAUCCGGCCUACGUUAGAGGAACAAAUCAGUUUGCGUGAUAUAGCACAGUACUACGAAGAUCGAACGUGGAAAGUCGUGCUUGUUGAAUUCGAAUCCCCAGAAAAAGCUUCGCAAGCAAAAAGUCACAUGACUGAAGUGAUAGGGGCUCUCAACUCCUCUGUAUAUCAGGCUUAUCAGCAUUCGUCCAACGGUUCUCGAUGUCCUUCCGAGGCGGCUGAGUCUGUCCUGAUGCAGAUGGCCGAUGGUUUACUUCCGUCAUCAUCAUCUACACGCUCUCGUAAAUCGGCAACCAUUAGGAAAUUGACGAGAUUAGGUCGAACUUUGAGAACGUGGAAAGAUUAG